UGUCUGUGAAUUUAUUGUAAUUGUUAAACAAAAUUAGAAUCAAGAUGAGUAGCGCUACCGAAGAAAGUGACACCGAAGUUCCCGAACAAAAUAAGACCCAGUCCGAGGAGGGGUCAUUUUCGGGGUCUACAACUGAUGCAGAAAACCCAGAGCAAACCGACAAUGAAGAGGGCGCCGUAGGAGGGACAAAAGCUCCGGCAGAGAGCUAUCACUCGGAGAAGGAGGAGAAUUCUAUAUACGAAACCGAUGAUGAUGGAGAGGCUCGAUCUUCGCCAAUAAAUCUCACUCCACCAUCAGAUGGCGAAAAGAAGGUCCCAGCAUCAAAGCCAAUACGGGGCAGGCGCCGGCGCACUGUCAUCGAGAUGGCAAUGGAUGCAAUCGAAGAACUGAAAAAUAAACGCGGAUCUUCGGUUAUUGCCAUUGUGAAGUACCUCAAGAGCAAUGGCCAUGAGGUGGCAAACGAGCGGCGCUUCAAUUCGCUGGUGCACAGGAGGCUAAAGCAGGGCGUGACCGACGGUCAGGUGACGCAGCUUAAACGCUCAUUCAAGCUUUCGCAAGCCACAAUUAAUGAACGAAAAGCUGAGGAAAAAAUGAAUGCUCAAGUGGCCAAGGAACAGGAGCAAAAAGCAAAGGGCAAGAAAGAAGCAAAGAGUAAUAAAAAAGCCAAGGAUGAAGAGGAAGAGGAAGAUGAAGAGGAAGUCCCUGAAGUCUCUUCCGAGGAAGAGAACCCAAAUCCGAGGAAAGCUGCGAAGCGGCGCGCAAAAUCACCUGCAACAGGAAGGGGAAAGCCUGCGAAGGCUUCAGAGCGCAAAACAAAUCAACCUAGAAAGAAGAUGAAGAAGAACGAUGGAUCUGCCUCCGCCGUUGCAGUGACUAGCACAUCGAACAAAGCAGCCGCUGCCGCUGCAGUUCUAGCCGCUAUGGAAAAGGCCGAAAAACCCCCUGCUUUUCUAGGCGCUUUAGGGAUGGCCGGACCAUCCAGAAAGCGCAUUAAGAGAAUGAUUACUGAGGUGGUGUCUGACGAUGAUGAAGGUGGAGAAAAAGAUGAAGAUGAUGAUGAAGAUGAUAAUGAUGUUCUUCGGUCACGCCCUGCUUUAGCCUCCUGUACACCAGCGAAUUGAAGCGCCGCUCGUUUG